AUGCAUCGCGUCGCGAGCCGGAAGUGGAUCGUGCCAACCGGUCCGACUACUGCGGCUAAGCCUGUCGCAGCUCCGAGCGCGCGCAGUGAAUCAGUGCCCACGCCACAGCGCUCGGGGCUGUCGGUGAAAGAAGCCGCACGUACGACAGCACCGACUCCCGAAGCUACACCGCACACGAAGGAUGCCAACGUAAUUGAUUGGACGAGUGGGUUUGAGGGAAUUGGACGACACCCAUUUGCUCCCGAGAUUGCGCAAGUGCUGAACCAAGCGCUGGUCAAGGAGGAUGUGGAAAUCAAGCCCGACGGUCUUUUGUACCUCCCUGAGAUCAAGUACCGCCGCAUUUUGAACUAUGCAUUUGGUCCCGGCGGCUGGGGUCUCGUUCCGCGAGGUGAACUGGAGGUGACACAAAAUAUGGUGAGCCGCGAUUGGGCGCUUGUGUGUCUUGGACGCUUUGUGUCCACCGCGCGUGGCGAACAAGAGUAUUUUAAGCCGAGCGGCGUACCGACGGCGACUGAAGGGGCCAAAUCAAAUGCACUGAUGCGCUGCUGCAAGGAUCUCGGCAUUGCGUCGGAGCUGUGGGAUCCCCGUUUUAUUCGCAGCUUUAAAACGAAGAACUGCAUUGAAGUAUGGGUUGCAGGCACGGACGGCAAGAAGCGGAAGCUAUGGCGCCGCAGAGAUGAUGCACCGUUCGAGUAUCCAUACAAAGAGUCUGGUCCUGUGUCACGUUAG